GCGCUGUUUGUUGCACGUUGAUGUGUUCGAAAUAUUAUUCAGUACCUGUCUGAAUUUUCGUGGUUUUGUUUGUUGUUUUUUUUCGGUGCGAGGUCGCGAUUUUUAAAUUUGGUGAGCGGUUAUAAGACAAGAACCGCUGAACUGAGUUGUGUUUGUUUUUUAAGAGACCCUCAUAUACCCGUAUAACUACGCCGCGCCAACCUUGACCACGCCAUGAAAUAAGAAACGACCAUCAUCGCAAGGCAAACAUUCAAAUUAUUUUUCUAGUCAGAUCGACGUCGACCGACGAAAUGGGAUCCUCGAAGCCUCGAAGCCUGUCGAAAACCAUAAGCGAAGUGGUCGGUUUUUUGCUGUUGUCUGCGUUUUAUAUCGUGCAGGCGAUAGUCAAGUUUUUCUUGCCCAAAAAGUACCACAACUAUAAGGACGUCAAGGGGGAGAUCGCCCUAGUUACGGGGGGCGGAGGGGGGCUGGGAAGAUUGCUGGCCCUUAGGUUGGCUAAACUUGGUGCCACAGUUGUGCUAUGGGAUAUUAAUGUAGCCGGUUUAGAAGAAACCGUAAAUUUAGUGAAUAGCAUAGGAGGAAAGGCUUUUGCCUUUAAAUGUGAUAUAUCCGAUAAAGAUGACGUGUAUAAAGCCGCAGAAAUUACACGCCAAGAAGUGGGAGACGUACAAAUUCUCAUAAAUAACGCAGGAAUCGCGACUGGUGACACCCUUUUGGCCACCCCUGAUCACCUAAUUAAGAAAACUUUCGAGGUUAACGUAAUCGCACAUUUUUGGACAGUCAAGUCCUUCCUGCCAAAAAUGAUCGAAAAAAACCACGGUCACAUUGUCACAGUUGCUUCUAUGGCCGGUUUUGUGGGUAGCAACAAAUUGGUGACUUACUGCGCGACAAAAUACGCUGCGGUCGGUUUCGAUGACGCCCUACGUGUCGAAUUGGAAUCCCAAGGCAUUUUUGGCGUAAAAACUACGGCAAUAUGCCCGUUCUUCAUACAGUCCACUGGAAUGUUUAACGACGUGAAUGCCAGGUACAUACCCACCCUUAAACCGAACGAUGUUGCCGACAGGAUUAUUGAGGCCUUGCAAAAAGAUGAGACGGUUGUACUUAUGCCCAAUUGGUUCAGCAUUGCACUUGUUUUGAGAAUGAUUGUGCCAUGGUCAGUAGUCUCGUUAUGCAUGAGGGGGCUCGUUAUAGACCCCACACCCAAGCAAACAGCCGCUAAAACGAAUGGUUCAGCAAAAAUCGAAGAUUUUCCACAAAAAUCCAAUGGUUCAGUGAAAGAAUCUGUUUCCACAUUAAAUCAUAGAAUAGUUACGAACGGCAAGAACGUACACUAAUUAAAAAGCUUUAAUUUACUUUUUAUUUGUUAUUAUUUUGUAGAUAAUCGGUUGUAUUAUAUAAUUAGGUUAUUUUAGUAGAUGUAAGAGAUGUACGCGGUUAUAUCGUUUUAUAAUAAAAAAAUACUCAAG